CCGCCGCCUCCGACAACGAGGAGUCGGGAAGUUCAAAAUGGCCGCCGCAGAACCCCUGGCGCCGCCGCGGGAACCUCCCGAGACAGAAGAUGCAGUCACUUCAGGAAAAAGUAUCAAUGAAGAAAAUGGAGAAAUAUUGGAGGAGGAGCAAUCUCAAAAUAAACAUAGCCAUCACAAAAAAAAGAAACACAAACACAGAAGUAAACAUAAGAAACAUAAACAUUCUUCAGAAGAAAAGGACAGAAAACACAAACACAAGCAUAAACAUAAGAAACAUAAAUGGAAAGAGGCUAUUGAUGCCUCUAACAAAGAAGGUAUAUUGCCAGCAGUAAAAAGAACUAAAGUUGAUGACUCAGCUUUGCUAGAAGAUUUAGAGAAACAAAGAGCAUUGAUCAAAGCUGAGCUUGAUAAUGAAUUAAUGGAAGGCAAAGUCCAAUCUGGGAUGGGGCUAAUUUUACAAGGUUAUGAGUCAGGUUCAGAAGAGGAGGGAGAAAUUCAUGAAAAAGGAAGAAAUGGAAAUAGACCCACCACUAGGUCAUCAAAUGCUAAGGGGAAACUUGAACUUGUGGCCAAUAAAACCAGCUCAGAAAAACGAAGUAAAAGUAGGUCAAAAGAACGGACUAGACACAGAUCUAAUAAAAAGAAAAGUAAGGGCAGUGGUGAAGGAAUCAAAGAAAAAGCUAUGCAAAAUAAGUCUAAGGAAAGGAAAAAAUCAAGAAGUCCAUCCAAAAGAAUCAAGUAUCAAGAUCAGACAAGGAAAUCCAAAUCUCCUAUACUUAAAAGGCGAUCACAAGAGAAAAUUGCAAAAGCCAAAUCUCCUAUGGAAGAAAAACUUAAAAUAGACAAAACAAAGUCAAAAGACUGCAAAAAGUCUCCAGUAGUAAACGAAAACAAAACUCGGGAUUGUGGCAAAAAAUCUAAAUCUCCAACAGAACUAAGAAGCAAAUCCAAAGACCGAAAAUUCAAGAGGUCUGAGGCGGAGAAGGAAAAGAAGCUGAUGAAAUCUCCCUCAAAGGAUGCCUCUUCAGGGAAGGAAAACUGGUCCCCUAGUAGAAGGCCAGGUCACAGUCCUAAAGGAAGAAGUUCAUCGCCAAAACACCCUGACAAAUUAAGACAAAGCCAGUCCCCUUUCCUAAAAGAUUGCAGGUUGAAACAGAACAAAUCACCUUCUUGCACCCAAUCUCCUGGAAUAAGAGCCAAGAGUCGCUCAUUAGAAAGAAAACAUCGAGAACCAGAAAAGAAGAACCUUUCUUCCUCAAGAACACGACUGAGAGAGGAUAUCCUCAGUAGACGGGAAAGAUCGAAAGAUGUCAGCCCAAUAAGUAGAUGGACUCCAACUAGAAGAAGAUCUAGUAGAUCGCCCAUCCGAAGGCGAUCUCGAUCCCCGCUCAGACGUAGCAGGUCUCCAAGAAGGAGAAGCAGAUCUCCGUGGCGAAGGGACAGAAGUCGUAGGAGUAGAUCUCAUAUGAGGAGGAGGUCUCGGUCACGGGGCAGGCAAAAACGAAGAAGUAGAAGCAAAGUAAAAGAAGACAAAUUUAAAGGAAGCCUUUCAGAGGGAAUGAAAGUGGAGCAAGAAUCUUCAUCUGACGAGAACCUUGAAGACUUUGAUGUGGAGGAAGAAGAUGAGGAGGCUGUAAUAGAGCAAAGAAGAAUACAGAGGCAAGCAAUUGUACAGAAAUAUAAAUUCCUUGCUGAGGAUAGCAAUCUAUCUAUGCCAUCUGAGCCAAGCAGCCCACAGAGCAGCACCCGAACACGUUCACCCUCCCCAGAAGAUAUUUUGGAACGUGUAGCUGCUGAUGUUAAGGAAUAUGAACGGGAGAAUGUUGACACCUUUGAGGCCUCUGUAAAAGCCAAGCACAAUCUCAUGACUGUCGAACAGAACAAUGGUUCAGCUCAGAAAAAGCUAUUGGCUCCUGACAUGUUCACAGAAUCUGAUGACAUGUUUGCUGCAUACUUUGAUAGUGCUCGACUUCGGGCUGCUGGCAUUGGAAAGGAUUUCAAAGAGAAUCCUAAUCUUAGGGAUAAUUGGACUGAUGCGGAAGGCUAUUAUCGUGUGAACAUAGGUGAAGUCCUUGAUAAACGUUACAAUGUCUAUGGUUACACCGGGCAGGGUGUCUUCAGUAAUGUAGUGCGAGCCAGAGAUAUGGCAAGAGCAAACCAAGAAGUUGCAGUAAAAAUCAUCAGAAAUAAUGAGCUAAUGCAGAAAACUGGUUUGAAAGAACUGGAGUUUUUGAAAAAGCUUAAUGACGCCGACCCUGAUGAUAAGUUUCAUUGCCUGCGAUUAUUCCGUCACUUUUACCACAAGCAGCAUCUCUGUCUUGUAUUUGAGCCUCUCAGCAUGAAUUUACGAGAGGUACUGAAGAAGUAUGGUAAGGAUGUUGGGCUCCAUAUAAAAGCCGUACGGUCCUACAGUCAGCAGUUAUUCCUGGCAUUGAAACUCCUUAAAAGAUGCAACAUCCUUCAUGCCGAUAUCAAACCAGACAACAUCUUGGUGAAUGAAUCAAAAACAAUUUUAAAGCUUUGUGAUUUUGGGUCAGCCUCACAUGUUGCAGAUAAUGACAUUACUCCAUAUCUCGUCAGUAGAUUUUAUCGUGCUCCUGAAAUAAUUAUAGGAAAAACCUAUGACUAUGGUAUAGAUAUGUGGUCUGUAGGCUGCACCCUUUAUGAACUUUAUAUUGGAAAAAUACUAUUUCCUGGAAAAACAAAUAAUCAUAUGUUGAAACUUGCCAUGGACCUGAAGGGAAAAAUGCCAAAUAAGAUGAUUCGAAAAGGGGUAUUCAAAGAUCAGCAUUUUGAUCAAAAUCUUAACUUCAUGUAUAUAGAAGUAGAUAAAGUGACAGAAAGGGAGAAAGUGACGGUCAUGAGCACCAUUAAUCCAACCAAAGACCUGUUGACUGACUUGAUUGGGUGCCAGCGGCUCCCUGAAGACCAGCGUAAAAAAGUACACCAGCUCAAGGACUUGUUGGACCAGAUCCUAAUGUUGGACCCAGCUAAACGGAUCAGCAUCAACCAGGCUCUGCAGCACACCUUCAUCCAGGAGAAGAUUUAAAUGAGACAAAGAAGUUCCAAGGGUUUGAGUAAUUAAAGUACAAAGACUGAAGCGAUGAUGUUCCAGACAUUUAUUAAUAAUUAUAAACCUAUAAUUUUCCCCGCAAAUUGAGGAAGCAUUAUCUAGUUGAAUUAACACAAGGGCUGGUAUUUCUUUUAGAAAUGUUAGUCACUCUGUUUGUGUCUUUAUGUGAGAAUUUUCCCUGUAGAACUAUUUUAAUUGCCAAGACUGCACAAAGUACAAUACUACUGUGUAUGGUUGCAGUUCUCUUGAAAGCCACGGCUCCAUGAUGCAAAGCACAGUAAUACUGGGUAGUUGAUUUGUUUUGAACAGACAUGGCUUCAGUUUGGUCUCUGAGAAAAUGGCCAGCAUAAAUACUGUUUAUAUUCACAUUUUCCUAGGUGUGUAUGUGCACGCAGGCCACAGCAGUAUGCCCUUGGUGUAGUCAGUGCCGAAGGGGGCCUGUUCCUUCUUGUGCUGCCCACAGGGAUGGUCUCCUCUUUUAAAGCAGGUUGUGUACAACUUUCAGUACACUGAAGGUAAGCUACACCAUCCGCAUCACUGAUGAGUUAAGAUGUUAUUUUCCUGGAACAGCAGGCACUAUGAGGGACAGUAGUUUGAUGGCAAAAUUCACUUCAUUUCGGACAGCUGACUCCCCUGUUUAUUUUCUUUUUUCUUUUUCGGCAUUGCAGCUGUGGCAUAUUUACAAACUCGGUUCUCUUCAUCACAUUUAAGAUUGGGAAGAGUGUACACUUGAUGGAUAUAAAGCGCCUUCAAUGUACUGUUUCUUCUUGCUUUAAAAUUUUUUAAUCAACUGGCUAUAUAGACUUUAGAUAAGUUUUGUUAUGUACAAUUCCCAACUAAUACGUAAAUACCCACAGAAUUUUCAGUUACUAAUUACGAAUGUCAGGACCUCCUUCUGAAAGUCCUACCUAAAAAUUAGCUAGACAACAUUAAGUUUUUAACUCAGUGUAUGUAAUCUUAAAGGUAUACUGCUUUAUGGAAAAGAGUUUUCAUUUGUUCAUUGUUUUCAUUAUUUGUGAUCAUGUUGUCUUUCAAUACAGGCAUAAACCUUCCACUCUUGAACAAAGCAGCUGCUUUUUAAAAGUGGUAAUUGCUUCUUUUGCCUUUUAUUUCUUUUGUAAAUGAAGCUUUUUCUUUAACAAGAAGUGUGACUUUAAAAUGUUGUCUAUGGCAUGAAACAGUUGACACUCACUUAUUGUAAAGUGAAGAUUGCUCUGCUGCAUGUAAAAUGAACCAUGCAGAUUUCUGUAUGUUUUCAUUAGAUAAUAAAGUCUUCUGUGAACAAGGCAUUUGUAGCCAUCUUUAAAAGUUUUUGUCUUCAGUGCUGGGA